GCUGCUGCUGCGCGGCCCGGGGGGGGCGGCCCGGCGCGCCCCGCAACGCAGCGCCCGCAGCCGGCCCGGAUCCAGCUCUGACGGGUGUGGGGCGGCAACGCCCGCAGGGAAGCCCAGACCAUGCUGGCCUGCCUGCAGAGGACCCAGAACCCCCCAGCCCAGCACCUCCCCUGCCCCAACAAGGCGCUGGAGCCACGCAAGUGCGAGACGGCCCCCAUGCAUUCCCCGCGCUACCCCAGCCCCGCCGAGCUGGACGCCUACGCACAGAAGGUGGCCAACAGCCCGCUGACCAUCAAGAUCUUCCCCACCAACAUCAGGGUCCCCCAGCACAAGCACCUUAACCGGACAGUGAACGGCUACGACACCACGGGGCAGAGGUACAGCCCCUACCCCCUGCACGCCGGCGGCUACCAGGGGCUGCUGGCCAUCGUCAAAGCCUCCGGCAAAAGCGUGGUGAAGAACUCGGAGGGGAAGCGGACUAAGCUCUCGCCCGCCCAGGUGGGCGUCGCUCCCUACCCCGCCUCAAGCACUUUAGCUCAAGGUCCCUCCUGCGCCGGGCAGCUGAGCUACCACGGCGGCCAGAAGCAGCUGGAGGGUCCCGUGCCCCCCAACGUGACGGUGGCGGCCUCGGUGCUGCCGUUGGCAGGCAGGAGCCUGGCGCUGCCGCCCUCCAACCUGCCCUCCAUCCAGAGCAUCAUCUACCAGAUCAAUCAGCAGUGCCAGGCGCAGGGUGCCCAGCCCGGCUGCCCGGCUGUCGUGGCCGCCCACCCCAGCCCGGCCAAGCACGGCGCCUUCGGCCCUGGCUACGGCGGCACCGUCCUGCCCGAGUGCCGCAAGGGCGCCGAGCUGGCGCUGGGCUCCAACCCGGCCGCCGCCCUGGGACCCAAGGCGGGCGUUUACCCCGAGGGCAUGGACUACCUGGUGUGGCAGCAGAAGCAGCAGCAGCAGCACCUGCGAAUGUACAGCGGGGGCAGCGGCGGCGGCGGGGCUCUCAGCAAAUCCCCCGAGACGUGCGCGGGCGCCUCGCGGCCCUACGGGCUGGGUGGCGCCGCCGACAAGGUGAGCUCGUCCCCCUUGAACUGCAUGCACGGCAACUUCGCGGUGGGGCAGUACUUUGCUCCCCCCUGGAACAGCAUCCUGGUGACCCCCAACAGCGACUGUUACAACCCGCCGGAGCUGGGGGCCGGGCCCCGCGAGCUGGGGGUGCCCCCGGCCGAGGGGCUGCCCAGCAAGACCCUCUGCAAUACCUCCAUCCUCAGCAGCAGCCUCCAGUCCCUGGAGUAUCUCAUCAACGACAUCCACCCGCCCUGCAUCAAGGAGCAGAUGCUGGGCAAGGGCUACGAGACCGUGUCUGUGCCAAGGCUCUUGGACCACCAGCACGCCCACAUCCGCCUGCCCGUCUACAGAUAAGGGACAGAUGCUGCUCUUCCCAAACCCAGGGCGAGGACUUUGGCGCGAG